AUGCUUUUCUCAGCUCUUCUCGUGGCACUUGCCUCCUCCGCCAUAUCAGCCCCAUCGUUGUUGAGCAGACACGUGCUGCAUGAGAAGCGUGAUGGCACGCCGCACCUGUGGGAGAAGCGGCAUCGGGCGACACCCAGCCAAGUACUGCCCAUUCGCAUUGGUCUUCGCCAGCGCAACAUCGAGAAUGCCGAGAGCUACAUAUACGACGUCGCUGAUCCCGACUCGCCCAAUUUUGGCAAGCAUUGGACUGCUGAAGAGGUCGCCAAUGUGUUUUCUCCGCACCCCGAUACCAAGAACGCAGUGGUGAACUGGCUCGUUGACUCGGGAGUUGACCGCUCUCGGCUGUCGCUGUCCAAGGGUCACAACUGGGUACAGUUCGACGGCACCGUAGAGGAAGCGGAAAACCUCUUUGCAACAGAGUAUUGGCAUUUCGAGCAUGUCGAGAAUGGCGGACAUCGCCUUGCUGUCGACGCCUACAGCCUGCCGGAACAUGUCCAGAAGCAUGUGGACUUCGUCAUGCCCACCGUCCAGCUCGACGGUCUGAAGCCUGUUGCCAACACGAUUCACGGAGGCGAUGCUUUGGCAAAGAUGCCCCAGGGAGAAACUCUGGGCUCGCUGCCGUGUGGGCAACUGAUUACCGUUGAAUGCUUGCGUAAGUUGUAUAAGUUCCCCGCCGGCAAGACGGCGGCUGCGGGUAACGAAAUUGGCAUUGCUGAAUGGGCCGACUAUCUCUACGGACCUGACUUGCCUCUCUUCUUCAAGAACUUCACGGAUCCCGAAAUCCCUGCUGACACGAAGCCCGAGUUCAUCGCUAUCGAUGGUGGCUUGACAGCUAAUCUAACAACUAUCGCGAUUGGAUCUGGUGUUGAAGCCGCUCUCGAUGUCCAGUCAGCCUACUCAAUCGUCCAUCCUCAGGGGGUCCGAUACUACCAGGUUGGUGACGGCAUCAAUGUUGAUAGCGUCGGGACUUUCAACAUCUUUCUUGAUGCAUUGGACGAAAGCUAUUGCACGUACGAAGGCGGAGAUCAGCCCUAUGUCGAUCCUGCAUACCCUGACCCGAACGACAACAACUUGGGCUAUCAAGGCCCACUACAGUGCGGUGGUGCUCCCAAGUCCAACGUCAUCUCCGACGAUGAGACUCAUACUGACGAGAAGAAUCAGGGCGCUCUGCCAUACUUCUACCAAGUCCGCCAAUGCCACGAAUGGAUGAAGCUGGGACUCCAGGGUGUCAGUGUCCUCUAUGCCAGCGGAGACUCUGGUGUUGCGAACCGCUACAAUUCCGGCUAUCCCAACUCGUGCCUCAACGCGGACCAGCUGUUCGUAGACAACAACGGAACACGGUUUUCCCCGUCGUUUCCCGUCAACUGCCCGUAUAUCACUUCUGUCGGCGCGACUACACUCAUUGGAAACGACACGGAGAGCGGAGAGCGAGCUGUUUCCGUACCUAGCACUGGGCCGGCAAACGCAUACUAUUCCGGAGGCGGCUUCUCAAACAUUUUCCCUUUGCCCUCGUACCAAGCUUCGGCUGUCCAGCACUUCAAUGAGCACUACGCCCCCAAUUACGGACCGAACGUGUACAACACCAGCGGCAAAGCUCGUGGGUUUCCCGACGUGGCAGCCAUCGGACUCAGCGUGGCCACCGUCUGGAACGCAUCCUUGUACGGUGUCGGCGGCACCAGUGCCAGCACUCCGAUAUUCGCGGGCAUCGUGACGCUGCUAAACGAGGCGCGGAUCGCGAUUGGCAAGGGCCCGAUUGGCUUCUUGAACCCGACGUUCUACAAGCACCCCCAAGCGUUCAACGAUAUCACGAUUGGAAACAACCCCGGCUGUGGGACGGACGGGUUCAACGCGACCCCCGGGUGGGACCCCGUGACUGGGCUCGGGACACCCAACUAUGAGAAGUUGCUGCCUAUCUUUUUGGACCUUCCUUAG